AUGCCUAAAAAUCAAACAGAAAAAGAUGGACAAUACACAAGAAAGGAAAGCUCUUUUAGAGAUACGGUAUCAAAAGACCACCCAGUAUACCAACCAGAAUCAGGUAGAUACCAUUUAUAUGUUUGUUUCGGAUGUCCUUUUGCCCAUAGAGCUUUAAUAAUGAGAGUGUUAAAAGGUUUAGAAGAUGUUAUUGAUAUUUCAGUUGUAGAUUAUGUACUUGAUAGAUCAACAGGAUGGAAAUUUUCACCAAAUAAAGAUGGAUGUACAGUAGAUAAAGUUAAUAAUUUUGAAUAUUUGAAACAAGUUUAUUUAUUAUCAAAUCCAAAUUAUGAAGGUCGUAUUACAGUUCCGGUCCUAUUUGAUAAAAAAACCAAAACAAUUGUUAAUAAUGAAUCAGCAGAAAUUAUUAGAAUAUUAAAUAGUUCAUUUAACGAUUUUUGCAAAACUAAAGAACAAUCGGAUUUAGAUUAUUAUCCAAAAGAAUUACAAACCGAAAUCGAUAAAAUCAAUAGUAGAGUUUAUGAAAAUGUUAAUAAUGGUGUAUAUAAAACAGGCUUUGCACAGACACAGGAAGCAUACGAUAUAAAUUAUAUCAAACUAUUUGAAACAUUAGAUUAUUUAGAAUCACAUCUUUCAAACAAUCGUUAUCUUUUGGGAAAACAAUUUACAGAAGCUGAUAUUAGAUUAUUUCCAACCCUAAUUAGAUUUGAUGCUGUUUAUUUUGGUCAUUUCAAAGCUAAUAGACAACAAAUUAAAGAUUUUCCCAAUCUAUCAAACUAUUUAAAAGAACUCUACCAAAUGGAACCAAUUAACAAAACUGUUAACUUUCAUCACAUCAAAAAUAGCUAUUAUGUUUCAAUGUCUGAUAUAAACCCAACUAAAAUUGUACCCAAUGGUCCUGAUUUGGGUUAUUUAAACGAAAAUCAUAAUCGUUUGGAUAUCAAAUAA